AUGAUAGACGACGUUAUGGACUACAACGCAGUUGCACUGCAGCUAUUAAAAAAAUGUACACAGUUUAAAUCAUCAAACGUUUGCCGCAGAGAUGAGAAAACUAACUCACUGGAGGCGUUGCAUCUGUUAUGGACAUCAAAUUUAGUUAACGAAGUGGAAUAUUCGGCUGCCGUUUACGAAUCCUUGGUCAGCAUGUUCGCGUCCAACGUGUUCCGUCCACUGCCUUCGGUUGCCUACUCGGAAUUGACCGAAGAGCACAAAGCUGAGAUCGUGUCCGAGUACGAACACAUCAGAUUGGUAUAUCGAGCAUUUCAAGCAUUCCUAAAGCUCGACCGGUUCCGCCAGCGAAAAGCUCAACCGCAUUUUGACAGGAAGUUCGUGGACGGGCUCGUGUGCAGAUUGAACAGCAUACUGACCGCCGAAAGAAUUAAUGCACGGGACACAAUAGGCUACUUGUACGACGAUUGCCCAUUCUUGCGCCCACACAUAUUUCAAUCGGCCAUCAGUGAGCUAACAGACUUCACUUGCAGCAGCUCGUACCAGCACAACGGUAUCGUUCUCGUGCUGGACGUACUUAGGGACACCGUCAUUUAUACUCCCAUAUCGGACACCGCGCUAGACGAAUUCGCCAAGAUACUAUUACGCCUUGUCAAUCACGAUACGCUAAUAAUGUUUGACGAAAAACUGUUGGACUGCUUGGCAGUGUUGGAUAGGAAUGGCGACGACCUUGUACCGCAAAUGUUGGUGGCUGUCUUACGGCUCUGGCAGCAGGAUAAUGACAAAGCUUUCAUGUACUUGCGCAUGGUCGAAAGUUUGUACGGUCUAUGCGAUAGCGAACAGUGGUCGUCCCUUCAGCCGCGGGUUCUAAGGCUAGUCGCCAACAUUUUAGAAAGCGUCGACAGCGAACUAUCCGAUAAGGCCAUGUCUUUUUGGAACCGGAUAUUCAUUGAUAAAUAUCAUUUGAACGACAAUAGUGCAAAACCGCGCUCGACUUUAUAUGUUUCGCAAGAUGACGACCACGACGAUGACGACGACGAGCGUCAAUAA